AUGGGUAACAGGGUCACCCGCGGGGACUUCGAGUGGGUUUACACGGAGCAGCCCCACACUCAGCGGCGGCGGGAGAUCCUAGCCAAAUAUCCAACAAUUAAAUCUCUAAUGGGACCAGAUCCCCACUUAAAAUGGAUUGUGUCUGGAAUGGUGUUGACACAGCUUCUAGCCUGCUACCUGGUGAAAGAUUUAUCUUGGAAAUGGAUUUUCUUUUGGGCUUAUGCUUUUGGGGGCUGCAUCAAUCACUCAAUGGCGCUAGCGAUCCAUGAUAUUUCACACAAUGUUGCCUUUGGUAACAAGCAGGCUAAGUGGAAUAGAUGGUUUGCAGUCUUUGCCAACCUGCCAUUUGGACUUCCUUACUCCGCCUCCUUCAAGAAAUACCACAUUGACCAUCAUCGAUACCUUGGUGGAGACACUUUGGAUGUGGAUGUUCCAACUGACUUCGAAGGCUGGUUCUUUUGCACUCCAUUUCGGAAAUUUAUUUGGCUCAUCCUCCAACCAUUCUUCUAUGGCCUGAGACCUCUUUAUGUGAACCCCAAAGCAGUUACUCAGAUGGAAAUAUUUAAUGCCCUGGUACAAUUCUCUAUUGAUUUUAUAAUCUACUACUUAUGGGGCCUGAAGCCUGUUACUUAUUUAAUAGCAGGCACAUUACUUUGCAUGGGUUUGCAUCCUAUUGCCGGGCACUUCAUAGCAGAACAUUACAUGUUCUUAAAAGGCUACGAAACCUAUUCUUAUUAUGGACCUCUCAACUGGAUCACCUUUAAUGCAGGCUACCACAUGGAGCACCAUGAUUUCCCCAGCAUUCCUGGAUGCAAGCUGCCAAUGGUGAAGAAGAUAGCAGCAGAAUAUUAUGACAACCUUCCUCAGCACCAAUCUUGGGUUCGAGUUCUCUGGGAUUUUGUUUUUGAUGACACCAUUGGUCCUUACUCACGGAUUAAGAGAAUAUGUAAACUAGCACCAGAAAACCAAUAG